GCAUGCGCGGCCCUUGCCCUUUCCAUUCAUCCCUGGUGGAACCUCCGGCCCUAAAGCGCCGCUGCGUGCUGACGUAAGCACUGCGCAAAGAAGCGGGUGGGAGGAGGUGGUCGCCAUCUUGGGAUCUCAGCGGAUGCGCAGGGAGCGAAAGCAGGUUCAUGUUUAUCACCAUGGGAAGGGAAAACUGAGCCCAAUCCACCAUGAUCGGAGGACUUUUCAUCUAUAAUCACAAGGGGGAGGUCCUCAUCUCCCGGGUGUACAGAGAUGACAUUGGGCGGAAUGCGGUGGAUGCCUUCCGUGUCAAUGUCAUCCACGCCCGGCAGCAGGUCCGCUCCCCUGUCACCAACAUUGCCCGCACCAGCUUCUUUCAUGUAAAACGCUCAAACAUCUGGCUUGCCGCUGUCACCAAGCAGAAUGUCAACGCAGCUAUGGUGUUUGAGUUCCUUUACAAGAUGUGCGAUGUCAUGACUGCCUACUUUGGAAAGAUCAGUGAGGAGAACAUAAAAAACAACUUUGUAUUGAUCUAUGAGCUGCUGGAUGAAAUCCUGGACUUUGGUUACCCUCAGAACUCUGAGACUGGAGCACUGAAAACGUUCAUCACUCAACAAGGAAUAAAAAGCCAGACCAAGGAGGAGCAGUCUCAGAUCACAAGCCAGGUCACCGGUCAGAUCGGCUGGAGACGUGAGGGGAUUAAGUAUCGUCGGAAUGAGCUGUUCCUAGAUGUUUUGGAGAGUGUCAAUUUGCUUAUGUCUCCCCAAGGGCAGGUACUUAGCGCCCAUGUAUCUGGCCGUGUGGUGAUGAAGAGCUACCUGAGCGGGAUGCCAGAGUGCAAGUUUGGCAUGAACGACAAAAUUGUGAUCGAGAAACAAGGCAAAGGAACUGCUGAUGAAACCGGCAAGACGGGGAAGCAAUCCAUUGCUAUCGAUGACUGUACAUUCCACCAGUGUGUGCGACUCAGCAAGUUUGACUCUGAGCGCAGCAUUAGUUUUAUACCGCCUGAUGGAGAGUUUGAGUUGAUGAGGUACCGCACCACGAAGGACAUCAUUCUACCCUUCCGUGUCAUUCCCCUUGUACGUGAGGUGGGACGCACCAAACUUGAGGUGAAAGUGGUCAUUAAGUCCAACUUCAAACCCUCCCUUCUCGCUCAAAAAAUUGAGGUUCGGAUUCCAACUCCACUCAAUACCAGUGGUGUGCAAGUUAUUUGCAUGAAGGGCAAAGCCAAGUACAAGGCCAGUGAAAAUGCCAUUGUCUGGAAGAUAAAGCGCAUGGCAGGGAUGAAGGAGUCUCAGAUCAGUGCGGAGAUUGAACUCCUGCCAACCAAUGAUAAAAAGAAGUGGGCCAGACCACCCAUUUCCAUGAACUUUGAGGUCCCUUUUGCUCCGUCCGGCCUUAAAGUUCGUUACCUGAAAGUAUUUGAACCAAAACUGAACUACAGCGACCAUGACGUGAUUAAAUGGGUGCGCUACAUUGGCCGCAGUGGCAUCUACGAGACUCGGUGUUAGUGUAUCAGUACUCUGAAAGGGGGGAAGAGCAACUUUCAUCACUGACCCCUGCCCCCUCCCAAAACUAUGGUGAAAUGGGGCUAGUACAUGGAUCCUGGUCAGAAAGAGAGGGCUUAUUAGGGUGGAUGUUGUAAUUUUCUCCUUCCCUUUACCUGCUUCUUCCGCCCGACCAUUACAGCCACUGAGGUGCAAGCCAUUCAGUACUGAGGCCUUAAUACUGCUUCAGCCCUGGAGAGGUUAACCAUGACUAUCUGGGUCUCCUACAUGAUGGGGUGGGAUCUCCUAUCCCGAUUUGCUGCUGUCGUUUCUGAAUAUCUUUCACAUGCAGCUGCACUUACAUUAUAUCCCCUCUUCAUAAGUCUGUGAAUAUUGCUGGCAGAUAGUAUCCCCUCAUAGUAUAUUGCUUCCUGCACGUUUACCCAUCCCAACCAUCCUCUUACUGUAGGUAGGAGCUUCAUGUUAAUUGUGCCCCCAGUAUUUGUUUAUCAUUAGCUCUUAGAACACUGUCACAGACCAGCAGGGAUGGGAAGCAUUUUACAUCCUUGGUGCAGGGGUUUAGAAGUGGUGGUGGUGAUGACUUGGUGUCCUCUUCCAAGGUUCACUCUAUGUAGACCUGUGACCACAGCAUUUGAAAUGAAGGAGCAGGGGUUUCUAUGAGGCUCUCUAUACAAUGAGAGAAUAGACACGGCACCCAUCAUCUUAAAGGGAGUGUAUAAUGUCAUAGCACUAGAUGGGAGCCGUUAUUAAUGCUGAAACCAGGGUCUGAUCCUGCACUCCUCCUGCUGGUGUAGCCCUGUGACUUAUCUAUCCUACCCCUGUGCUAUUUGUGCUGUGACUUCUGUUUCUUUGUGGUAGUCCAAUUAUAAACCCAAUAAACAAUCUAGAAAAUUUA